CAUGGUGCAUCAUCCUUUUAAGCUUUUCCUUUGUUUCCCAUUUUUAAGCUUUCAACACAUAGCUGAAAAAGUCUUGGAAAACUGAUCUAUCCAAAUUAAUCAUCUCUGAAGAACUGCGGACUUACUGAGUACUAAAGCAAUCCUUUCUUCUCCGUGAGGCAAACAUAAGAAAAAAACAGCCUGUCAAACACCUGUAAAGAGAUGGCUAUCAUCAUAUGGAAAGUUGAAGAGCUGCUACGUAGCAAUUCAUGGUCCAAAUGGGAGAGUCAACUGUUAUGAUGUCCCAGAAGGUCUUAUAACAGGAAACAAAAGGGGGAAAUUGUAACAGCUUGUUAUCUGUGCUUGCACACUGUACUUCAGUGUAAUUACUAUAAAAAAAUCCAAAGCAAAUAUGCAAAUAGUUCUUUGAAAAGUCCCCAAAUUAUGUGUAGAGGCUCAGAUCAAUGCAGUAAAUGCAGUUAUACUCACUCUCUAUCACCCAUUCAUAAUUAGUCUUUUAGGAAGAGUGGAAGUUAAUUGUGAAUUUAUAUUUAGAUUCACUAUUUGGCAGACAGUUGCUCUGGGAAGAAACAUGCUUGCAAAUUACACAUGUGCUGGGCCAGAAGGAUCUAAGACAGAUUCUCGAUAUUUUAUCUAUGCAGUGACAUACACUGUAAUUCUUGUGCCAGGUCUCAUAGGGAAUAUAUUAGCCUUAUGGGUAUUUUACGGCUAUAUGAAAGAAACCAAACGGGCUGUGAUAUUCAUGAUAAACUUAGCCAUUGCUGACUUACUGCAAGUUCUCUCCCUGCCACUGAGGAUCUUUUACUACUUGAAUUAUGACUGGCCAUUUGGGCCUGGCCUCUGCAUGUUCUGUUUCUACCUGAAGUAUGUCAACAUGUAUGCAAGCAUCUACUUCUUGGUCUGCAUAAGUGUGCGACGAUUUUGGUUUCUCAUGUACCCCUUUCGCUUCCAUGACUGCAAACAGAAAUAUGACCUAUACAUCAGCAUUGCUGGCUGGUUGAUCAUCUGCCUUGCCUGUCUGCUCUUUCCUCUCCUCAGAACCAGUGAUGACACCUCAGGCAACAGAACCAAAUGCUUUGUGGAUCUUCCUACCAGGAAUGUCAAUCUGGCCCACUCUGUUGCCAUGAUUACCAUUGGCGAGUUGAUUGGGUUUGUCACUCCUCUUCUAAUUGUUGUAUAUUGUACCUGGAAGACAGUUUUAUCACUGCAUGAUAAAUAUCCUGUGGCCCAAGACCUUGGGGAGAAAAAAAAAGCCUUGAAGAUGAUUUUAACCUGUGCAGGAGUAUUCCUAAUUUGCUUUGCACCAUAUCACUUCAGCUUUCCUUUAGAUUUCCUGGUCAAGUCCAACAAAAUUCAAAGCUGCCUAGCCAGAAAGGUGAUUCUAAUAUUUCAUUCUGUUGCCCUCUGUCUUGCUAGUCUGAAUUCCUGUCUUGACCCAGUCAUAUACUACUUCACCACUAAUGAGUUCAGAAGACGACUUUCAAGACAAGAUAGUAUCCAACUCCAUGCAAAAUCCUUUGUAAGCAACCAUACCACUUCUACUCUGACAACUGAAUUAUGCUAAAUUAAAACAAAACCUGAAUGUGGUCUAAAAUGCAAGUAUAUCAGAACAUAUUUAUAAUACCCCAAGCCACUGGAAAGUAGUUACAGGAAGCACUCACUGCUGUUCAUUUAUGAUCUAUCUUACCUAUAUGAUGAAUUCACACCUUUAUAACAGAACCUGUUUUUAAAGCAUUGUAUUCCACCAUCACUGUUGUUGAUAUGUCUGUGUAAUAAUUUGUUAUUAAGUCAGGAUUUAAACUGUAAAACUUCGGUGACAUUAUAUAUAUAUAUAUAUAUAUGCAUUCAAUUAGAGUCAUAUAUAUGGGAACCUAAGACACAGAAAUACUAUUAGCCUGGGCUCAUCAUAAGCACUUAGUUUUGCCGCAAUGGACACUGAGUCUCUGUACUUAGAGGUGAUGUAGUUGUCUAUUUAUACUGGUAAUCACAGUUUAUAUUCAAAUACCAUAUUUUGAGUGUAUUUCAACUAGGAUGGGCAAUUUGUUAUUCUGUGAAAACAGAGUAGUAUAAAUAUGGGACUAUUUUUAUCUCCCAUGUGUGAUUAUACCCUAGGGUUUGAAGACUCAAGUAACUAUUUUCUUCAUUUAGGUGUCAAUAUGAAACAUCAUGUCACACUUAUUCAUAAAAUGAAAAUCUGAGCUCAGGCCUCUGGUAUGUUUAAAAUAAGAAAAAGAAACAAAUUCAUAUAUAGUAACCUCUAUGAUUAUAUAAGAUGUCUUAUUGAAUCCACCUAGAUCAGAUAGCUCACCAAAGUACAUACAAUGUAACCUAAAUUUUCUCUAUAGGUCUGGGAGAUGGCAGAUAAGUGACAAUCAGAGUUCCAGUUCUCUUAAGCUAUUUCUGAAAAAUACCUAUUGAAAUGUAUGGACCUGCCUAAUAGAGAGAGUUUCCACCAUCCUUCUAGAGUAACACUGAAUAUCUCUGACAGGAUACUUCACUAUUUGAGCUAAUGAAAGAAGUAGCGCAGUAAUUAAUUACUGAGCUUAGGCCAGAAUAAAAAGAUGAAGAGAUGGGUACACCUCUUAAAAGUCUCACCACAUUGUAUUUAUUACUUUAAAUUAUGAUUGUCAAGCCACCUUCGUGAACUGAAGGCAAACAGGCAUGUGGACCCUAGAGGCUUCAGAAAUUUUGGGGGGCCAGCUUUGCCUCAGUCAUACCAUUAUGACUCCUGCACAGCCUACCUCCCAGCAGCUAUGGAAGGAGAUUCUUUCACCAUUUUUGAGAAAAUAAAAGUGCAGAAGAUGAAUUUUGACAGCAUUGGACUCCCCUUACAGUUAUUUACCUGUUACCUGUUUGGUACUAGUAUGCAGGUAGCAGACCCAAGAUAUGAGUCAUAGUUAUAUCUGAAGUUAAAAUAUUAUAGUACCUUGAAAUAUGUUUUAUCAAAAAGCUCUAAUUUAAAACAAUGAUCUACUUAAAAAUCUGUGUGCUAUAUAAUAAAGACACAUGCUACUUCUCAUCUAGAAGGAAUGUAGAAAUCAACCAAAGGCUCCAUCAUAUUUUCAUAGGAAAGGAGUUGUUUUAGGCACACAGUUAUGAUACUAAUAUGAUUUGGGAGAAACUGGCAAAUCAAAAUUAAUUCUAGCAUAUGAGAGGAAUGGAAAAUAUUCAAAUGUUUUUUCUAGACAAGUAUUGAUUUUACUUUGUUAUCAAAAUAAUACCUUAUUAGAAAACAGACUUUGUGCUGCUAGCAAUGGUGUGUUUAUCUCCUUAUUAUUCAUCAUUAUGUACAUAUUGUGAUGUAUUAUAAGAGUUCUAAAUGAGUGUUAAAUUGUGUUUUGAAAGGAGGAACUGUAACUAUGUCUGGUCUGUUUGCUUUAAAGUGAUUUGUGUUUGAAUAUAAUUUAACGGUUUAAUGGGAUCACAAGUAAUAAUUUUGUGGGUACUUACAAUGAAAGAGUCUUGUUUAUAGCAUUUUUUUUUUACUAUUUUUUAGAUUAAUAUGGAUUACACUUUCUAGGGUCGUUUUGGGGUACCAGAGAUUUAAUUUUAUUAACAUAUUAAUGUUACUUUAAACACCUAUUUUUUUCUAAAAAGGAGAGGAAAUAUUUCUAGGACAUUAAUGAAUUUCUUAGAGGAAUGGUUGAAGGGGUUAGAGCCCAUUUAUUGGUGGUCCAGAAGCCUUUGUAGAUCAUUUACAUCAUUAGAGCAGAGGAUAAGUGUCUUGUAUUAUGAUGCUGUGUAUCUAGGACCACGACUUCUCCCCAGGUCUGCCCAUCUAGGUUUGAAUUAAAUGUAAUUUACUUUAUUUACUUCUCUUCUCCAUCAAUACAUUUUCCCUCCUGUCCUAUUCCCUUGUUCUUCUAGUCAGUAAUCUGAUCAAUUUAUUCAUACUUAGGUGCUAGUGACUAAUGUUAGUUUAAUAUUAACUUGCCCUGGGAUACCUGAAUUCAAGUUUUAGGGAUAAACUAUAACUAAAAGUGUUAAUCCCUUACUUUUAUUUUUUUUUAAUUUUUUUUUAAUCCCUUACUUUUAAUGGGACAUUGAAUGACACUGUAGAAAGCUGGAGGGGAAGAUUUUUUUAAGAAAGUGAAUUUUACAGCAGUGUCUUUCAAAUUGCAUAAUAAGUGAUCACCUAUUUUGAUUGCAGUAAUUUUAAGAAAUAUAUAUUUCAUCCAUCUAUCUAUCAUCUAUCUAUCUAUCUAUCAUCUAUUAUCUAUCUGUACCACAAUAUAUCAGCUUCUUAUGUCUCUGCUUGUUUCCUUUUUCUUUUUGACUUUCCCCCUUCCAACUCGGGACUUUAUUUUCAGGAGAAAAGCUUUGCUGUUAGGAGUCAGAGGGAUGUGCUACUGCAGCUGCCAUCUGGACAGCAGUCUCCUCUCUGAGCUUCUCUUUUCCUUGGAAAAUCUUUUUGAAUCUCCCAUUUAUCACUCUCUGGGUCAAUGAAACCAAGGUGCAAAAGUAAGCAUCCUCAACUAUAGUAAUAUACAAUUCAAAAUAAAUAAACUCACAUUUCCUAUAUAAAGUUUUUUGAGUUCUGAUUCCAAAAGCUACAUACAUGUAAUUAUUCCAAAACCAGAGAUUUUGAAUAUGGGGUGAUUUCCAUGUUACUAUUAUUGUCAUUAUUGUUAUUAUUAUUAUUAUUAUAUUCAAAUGGUUUAAAGUUUUUCAUUGUCACUCAGAUAAGCAGCUAAUUCUACUAACUUGUAAUUCCAUAAAAAAAUGAGCCAUUUGUCCUAGGAACAAGAGAUCAAGCUACCUUGAUCUGAAAGAGUACAUGAGUGGAACUUUUGUGUAACUUCAUUUUAUAUCAUCAUUCUGUUUUUACUUCCAAGACACUGUGAAAAAUGUUGCACUUGGAAUUUAUUUUCAUAUGUAAUUUAUAAUUUGCAUUUUAGCAAUAAAGAUGGUCU